CAACAUCACUCAAACAUGGCCGCGCAAGUAUGUUAUGUUUAUAUUUGUAUUUCGCUGGAGCAAUGUGGCUGUCAACUAUGCGUUUGUAAACAAUAAAAGUACUUGAGUUCAACGUUGCUAAUUAGUAAAUUAAACAAUGGAGGAAGAUUAUAACUUGGCUGAAAGGUAUCGGAUAGUGAGAAAACACUUGGAUCGAUUAGGUUAUCGGCAGGCAUUAUCAUUGGAUGCUUUGCCUCUGAUUGAAAAGUUAUUGGCAGAUCUUAUUCAGACAACUGACAGUCUCAAACACUUCAAGUCAGUUGCUCAAGAUAACAUAGAGGCAUGUAGUCAGCUUCAACUGGCAACUGAGCCCUACAAAUGUGACAACGCGAGGCUAGUACAGGAAUGUAACGAGCUACACCUGAAAUUGCUCGACACAAAUGAAAGCCAUCAGAAGCAAAUCAAGGAGUUGAAAAAGCAAGUACGCAAGUUAGAAAUCGACAAUAGCGAUCUUCAGUUAGUAUCGUCUCGAAACAAUAAAAAAAUUAAAGAUCUCGAGGCCGAAUCAGCUGGAAAAAGUGCUAAAAUUCUCGAAUUACAAGGCAAAUGUUGUAAGCCUGUAAUAAGCAACACUAAUCUUGCUACCAAAAAACGAGCUUGCUAUCCGCUGCGACGGCCGACGCUAGAGGCAGAUCCUUUGCCAAGAACAGGAAGCAGUUCAACCACAUUACCCAGUUCGAGACACGUUGAACCACACGUUUUUGAUUUAUUGGAAAUGGCAGACCACAGAAUGAACUGUUUAAAUCGUGAGGUAACCAAACUCAAAGGUGAUCUCUCGAUACAAAAUGAGCAGAUACAUACACUCAAAUUACAGCUAGCCACAAAGGAAAAGGAAAUAAUGCGUUUGAAGAAAAUGUUAGAUGGUGGUCGUCCCUUGUCUGCAUUAACUAAAGAUUGCUUUUGUAAAAAAUUCGACAAAACUCACUACGGAGAUGGUGGCGAUCUGAAGGUUUUAGAACGUGCAAAGCAAGACUUAGAAGAAAAGUUAAAGGAUUCAAUGGCUAAACAGCACGAAGCUAUGUCUAGAGCCUUGAAAUUAGCUGAAAGAAAUGAGGAACUUGAAAAAGAGCUAAGAGACAUUGAUCACAUUGCACUAGCUGUAGAGGCAGAUUGUAACAGUGCUGUGCAAGAGAAUAACAAGAGAGUAUGCAGAUUACAGGAAAAAAUUGAAGACCUUAUGACGCAAGUCCAUGUGCUGGAAAGUGAGUUAACCGUCGAACGUAGAGAAGCGCAAGAAUUAAGAGCAGAUUUAGAGGGUUGCAAAAUAGAAAAACGGAACAUCCAACGUGUGUUGGAGUCUACUUUAGAUGAAAAAAAACAGAUGACCGAUAGGAUAAAUCAAUUGACAAUUCUAGCAGCCAAAACUAGAUCUACGUCACCCACAGUGACCACACAAAAUGUGAAUGGUCACAAAGAGGAUGAAGUUACUAAGGAUGUUGUGGACCCUGUAUCAAAUGGAAUGCAGGCUUUUGAAAAUCAGAAAAUAGAAAACGAGAAGGACUCUAUAAUCAAUUCCUUGAAGAAAACGAUAGAACGACUGGAAAUUGAAAGGGACUAUUAUCGAAAUGAAUACAACAAAUUCAGACAAGAGUUUAACUCCCUAUCAAAUGGAGAUAAUGCUGACUUGUGGACUCAGGCUUGCGAACUAAGGCGUCAGCUAAACGAGAAGGAACAAGCUAUGGCUGAACUUCAGCGAGAAAAUAAAGCCUUGGAUCGUGAGAAGUUCAAUUUGGAAGCGAGGCUGCAGACCUCGAAAACCCAGCAACGGAGGCCGUGCGUUCCUUGCAGUCCGUACAGUCCUUGUAGGCCAGCCGGCUCUUGUAAUUGUUCAACAGCAUCUCCCCCCUCUCGUGGUGAUGCGAGUUCAACCAAGGCCGUGGUAGAGCGAUUAGAACGUGAAAGGGAUACAGCAAGAGCGGACGUUGAUCGAUUGGUGGAAGAACGCGAUGCUUUGCGCGAACGACUUAAGAUAGCAGUAGACGCUCAUACAUCUGAGCAGCGUAGAUUGAGGGAAAAUCUGUCGGAAGCAGAGACACGACUGAAGCAGUUAGAAACAGAAAGACAGGAUCUAAUGCUUUCUCAAGGCACUCGACGUGCAACAAUAAAUGGCUUGGAAGAUCAGUUGGAAGAUUUAAAACAAGAAUUAAGGCGGACUAAAGAAGAACUGUCAACUCAACGUACUCAGUACUUCCAGCUCAGAGCAUUGCAGGAGCAAACUGACCAGGCUCUUGGCGAUGUUCAGGGGCAACUUGGUCAAUCAGAAACAGAAUUGAGCAAAAUGCUAGAUCAUAAAAGAAAUGUAGAACAGCAGCAAAUGCAACUCGAUAAUCAAGUCAAGGAGUUGAAACAGGAGUGCAACAUGUUGCGGUCGAACUUGGCGCAGUUGGAUCAAGAAAAAGAUCAAUUAUUGAUGAAUCUGGAUGAAAAAACAGAGAGGAUAGCUGCACUGGAACGUGAAGUUAGGUUCAAAGAACAACAGGCCAAUGGACUGGAGCAACAGGUCACAGAUUUCCAUCAAAAAUAUCAAAUAUGCGUGGACCAAACUGCCGAGCAGGAGCGACAGUUGCGUACAAUGGAGGUGGAGAUAAACAAUCUUCAGCGUCAAUUGGCGUCAACGUCAAUGGACCGAGAAAAUGCAAUUCGGGAAAAUUCACGGAUUCAAGAUGACCUGGCAGCCGUAACUUGCGAAUGUCGCAAUCUCCAGCGAGAAUUAGAAGCAUCUAGGGCGGAAUCUCAUGAUUUAAAACGUCAACUGCAAACUUACGUCACUGAGGUUCGUCGAGCAGAAGAACUGUUAAAUAGGAAGGAAAAUGAAAGAUCUGAAAUGCUGAACCAUUUUAGAAGUUUGAGCUUGGAAGCUACAGUCUUGGAAACUAAUAAUCAAAGUUUAGAAUCUGAGGCUGCAGAAGCCAGAGGUGCUCUUCAGACUGCGCAGGAUCGUUUGCUUGAUCUGGAAAGGCAGAUCGCUGAUCGAGAUUGUCUGAUAAGGGGCUAUGAAACUCAGAUUGCAGAGCUAACGCAAAAUGUUGCCAGUAUGGAAACGCAGCUGCAUCAAGAAAGUGAACAGAGACGGCGGGCCGAAAGUGAUCUUAAUGCAGUUAGGGACCUUUGCGUUAAAUUAGAUCAACAAAAAGAAUCUCUUGAGGUACAGCUCGUUGACAAAGAAGCAAUGAGAGCGCAGUGCGAAUCCCAACUUGCGAGAUUGAAAGCCGAGCAAAACAUCGUGCAAGAUCAGAUGAGUAGAGAUAACGCAGCUGUUGAUAGACUGGAAGCAAUGUUGAAUCAAGCAAGACAAGAAUCCUUGAACAAUCAGACAACGAAUCAGGAACUUCAAAGCGAAAUGGCCAGGCUUAAGCAGAAGAUCAGUGAUCUCCAAAAUAAAUUGCACACAGAAACAUCUGAGCUAAGGAGAUAUCAAAACCAAGCUGCCGAAUACAGUAAGCAGAUAAGUGAGUUACGUCGUCAGAUGACUAAUGAAAGAUUUGAUAGAGCAAGAAAAGAAGAAGAAAGUAGGAGAACGAGUUCUCCGAGUAGUUCUGAGAAACAAACUUGUCCUCCGUGUACUGCUUUCAAAGGUCCUACUCCUGCCCCACGCCCAGACCCUAAGACUGUUAAUCAGUGGAAGAUUCCGGCACCCAGGUAGAUGUUUUACCGUUGAACGGUAGAUCUUUUUCGUCCCCUUUUUCACGCGCAAUAUUUUACU